AUGUUGAAGAUGCUGAGGGGAAAACGUUUAGUCUUUGUUGGUGAUUCACUCAAUAGGAAUAUGUGGGAUUCUUUGGUUUGUAUUCUUAGUAAUUCAGUAAAAAAUAAGAGCAGGAUUUUUGAAGCCUCUGGUAGACAAGAAUUUCAGACAGAGGAUUCUUACUCAUUUAUCUUUACAGAUUACAAUUGUUCCAUUGAGUUCUUCCGUUCGCCGUUUCUCGUUCAAGAGUGGGAGAUGCCAGGCAAGAAAGGAUCGAAAAAAGAAACACUUCGUCUUGAUUUGGUUGAGAGAUCUUGUGAUAAGUAUAAAAAUGCUGAUGUUUUGAUCUUCAACACAGGUCAUUGGUGGACUCAUGAGAAAACAAUGGAAGGGAAGGAAUACUAUCAAGAAGGAAAUCAUAUCCAUGGACAACUAAAUGUUGAGGAGGCAAUUAGUAAAGCUUUUUUGACAUGGUCACGUUGGGUGGAUACUAAUAUUGAUCCUAAGAAAACUAUAGUUUUCUUCAGGGGCUAUUCCCCUUCUCAUUUCAGGGGUGGGGAGUGGGAUUCUGGUGGUCGUUGUGAGAGUGAGACAGAACCAAUGAAAACUGAGUCUACAGAUUUGUCAGAAAAUCCUCCAAUGAUGAGGACCAUUGAGUCAGUAAUUAAGGGAAUGAAGACUCCGGUGGUUUAUCUAAACAUAUCGAAAAUGACGGAUUUCAGGCAUGAUGCUCAUCCUUCCAUGUACAGAAACAUGAAUAUGUCCGAGGAGACGAAAAAAUAUAUGCUAAAACACCAGGAUUGUAGUCAUUGGUGUCUUCCUGGUGUUCCGGAUUUGUGGAAUGAAUUUGUGUAUGCUCAUCUUUUGUAUAUCAUGAAAAGAAAUAGGGGCAAUCCCAAAACUUAAAUUCUGAUACACUGUUAUAAAUCAGCAUAGGUUUCACAUUAUCUUUGUGGUUUAAUCAGUUCAUAAAUAGGUUGUGUUAUUAUUUGAAUCUAGGUUGCAAAAAUGCCAACACCUUGUCCUUCUUUUCAAUUCAUUCUCCCAAAAACUAGAGGGAGGAUCAAUGAAUUCAC